AGGGGUCUGGUUGUCUAAAAAAAUCUCAGCACCGCGCUAACUAACAUGGACCCACCACCACCACCGCGCCAUUAACGGAUCCGGAAGCUCGCUUAUCGGAUCCACCCGGCCCUCCCGUCCGAUUCCCCAUCCGCGGCCUCGCCCUCCUCCUGCAGUCCGGAUCGCCGCCUACCCCACCGAUCCGUUCCGGCAUGGCUGCGCCCCCGCCGAAGGCGAUGGCGCCGAGGGGUUUGGCAGUCUAGCGUUUGGUUCUGAGGAUUCCGCCGGUCGCGUUACCGGAUCUUGUGGGGGCCGUCGAGGAUCCGAUCCCCAUGACCGCCGCCGGUAUGGGCUCCGACGGGCGCCUCCGCCGUGCACUGGCCGCGUUCGGGGGCGGCGGCGACGUGUGGGACCUCGUAGACGCAGCGCUUACCGCGGCGGCGCGGGACAACCCCGACGAGCUGCGCGCGCGCCGCGACGGCAUCGUCGAGCGGCUCUAUGCCGGGGCUCGCUGCCACAACUGCGACGCCGGCGCCCCGUCACCGCCUCAGCCGAGGAAGGCACCUGAGGCUGCUGCUGCUGCAGAGGCGGUGUCUCCAGUCUCGCCGGACGAGGAGGUUGACGCGGACGGCCUCGGCGAGGACGACGACGACGCCGGCGUGGAGAGCAAGAUCCUGGCGAUCAGGGACUUCCUGGAGGACCCCGACCAGUCGGAGGACGAGAUGGUGAGCCUGCUGCAGAACCUGGCAGACAUGGACAUCACCUACAAGGCUCUCCAGGAGACGGACAUCGGCCGGCAUGUGAAUGGGCUACGCAAGCACCCAUCUGGUGAAGUGCGGCAGCUGGUGAAGCUGCUCGUCAGGAAAUGGAAGGAGAUAGUGGAUGACUGGGUGAGGCUGCACAACUCAGCCGGUGAUGGCGGUAGCUCGAUCAUAAGUGAUGGUGACUCACCUGAUAAAGUCCAACCCAAGAACCAUCAAAGUACUAAGGCUUCAGACUUCAAGUAUUCCCCUAGCCCACAGAGUCAUAAUGGUUUCAGCUCAGAGAGGUCUAUCUAUCAAAAUUCGGUGGAGUCAACAAUGGAGAAGCGAAGAACAAGCCCUGCACCUGCUUACCAUAACACCAAGCCGAACAACAAUAGCAACUAUUCUACUACUUCAUCAUCAGUUCUAGCUAGGACAAUGAGGGAGCAAAAGUAUACUCUUAUGGAUCCUGGGAAGCUAGAUUCAGCCCGGAAGAGGCUUCAGGAAAAUUACCAGGAAGCGCAAAAUGCGAAAAAGCAGAGGACCAUUCAAGUGAUGGAUAUCCACGACAUACCGAAACCAAAGAACAGGAACACCUUCAUCCGCAAGAGCAGUGGUGGAGGCGGACUCCCGGCAAGGCACCGGUGAUCUGCCCACGGAAAGGUCUUCCUACAUAUAGGAUAGGGGACUCGCAAAUUUGUAUUCUGUACUAGUCGAAAAUGAAAUUUUAAAGGAUUCUUUUUCCUAUUUGAUUUGUAACCUUGCAGUCCAGUCCAGUCCAGUGUGAUAUUUUCUGGUACGUGAGGCUACGCUUGUGCUUCUCUUAAAACUGGUGAAGGAAAUCAAAAUGUUAUUAUUCAUUUUC